ACAUACAUAUCUACUUUUAAUUUGGAAUGUACAUGCAUAAGUACAACAACAACAACAACAACAUUAUACACGAUUACCACAUCGCAUUAUUGGCAUAUCACAUUUAACAAUAUUUAAUGGCAUUACAGCCCGCGCACACAACAUGUCCCAUCCACAUCUGGUCCUGUCACUGCUGCUGUGCUUUAGCCUCGGCUCGUGGACCGUUCAGUCAAGAACUGCCAAACGCUCCGAUGUCUACAUAGCGGGCUUCUUCCCAUAUGGUGAUGGCGUUGAGAACUCGUACACGGGACGCGGAGUUAUGCCCAGUGUCAAGCUGGCCCUUGGUCAUGUCAAUGAGCAUCCACAGAUACUGACCAACUACAGGCUGCAUAUGUGGUGGAAUGAUACACAGUGCAAUGCUGCCGUGGGAGUGAAAUCUUUUUUCGACAUGAUGCACUCUGGUCCUAACAAGGUGAUGCUCUUUGGUGCAGCCUGCACGCAUGUCACAGAUCCCAUAGCCAAGGCCAGCAAGCACUGGCAUUUGACACAGCUGAGCUAUGCGGAUACCCAUCCCAUGUUCACCAAGGAUGCGUUUCCCAAUUUCUUUCGAGUGGUACCCUCGGAGAAUGCAUUUAAUGCACCACGCCUAGCGCUGCUCAAAGAGUUUAAUUGGACGCGAGUGGGCACCGUGUAUCAGAACGAACCACGAUAUUCACUGCCUCACAAUCAUAUGGUUGCCGAUCUGGAUUCCAUGGAGCUGGAGGUGGUAGAGACCCAGAGUUUCGUCAACGAUGUAGCCGAGUCACUGAAAAAGCUGCGGGAAAAAGAUGUUCGAAUAAUUUUGGGCAAUUUUAAUGAGCAUUUUGCCCGCAAGGUUUUCUGCGAGGCAUUCAAAUUGCAAAUGUAUGGACGCGCGUAUCAGUGGCUGAUUAUGGCCACCUACACCACGAAUUGGUGGAAUGUGACGAUGGACAGCGAAUGCAGCGUGAAGGAAAUCGCCACGGCCUUGGAGGGUGCCAUAUUGGUGGAUUUGCUGCCGCUCUCAACCAGCGGAGACAUAACAGUUGCAGGCAUUGUAAGAGGACUCCAGAUUUUACCCACAUAUGCAACCUCUUAUGGCUUAUUUAUUUUCCAGACGGCGGAUGAGUAUCUAGUUGAGUAUGAUAGAUUACGCGGCACGGAAUACUCGCGCUUCCAUGGAUAUACCUACGAUGGUAUUUGGGCAGCUGCAUUGGCCAUACAGUAUGUAGCGGAGAAGCGUGAAGAUCUGUUAACACAUUUUGAUUAUCGAGUCAAGGACUGGGAAAAUAUUUUCCUGGAAGCAUUACGUAAUACUUCCUUUGAGGGUGUCACGGGACCGGUACGCUUCUACGACAACGAACGCAAGGCUAACAUUCUGAUUACCCAGUUUCAAGUGGGACAAAUGGAAAAGAUAGGUGAAUAUCACUCACAGCAAGCACACUUGGAUAUGACGCUGGGCAAGCCCGUACGUUGGGUGGGCAAGACGCCACCCAAGGAUCGCACGGUGAUCUAUAUAGAACACAGUCAAGUUAAUCCCACCAUAUAUAUUGUGUCAGCCAGCGCCUCUGUCAUUGGCGUGAUAAUAGCCACCGUUUUCCUAGCCUUUAACAUCAAGUAUCGUAAUCAACGCUACAUCAAAAUGUCAAGUCCACAUUUGAACAAUCUGAUUAUUGUUGGCUGCAUGCUGACGUAUCUGAGCAUCAUUUUUCUGGGCCUGGAUACUACGCUGAGCAGUGUAGCAGCCUUUCCCUAUAUAUGCACGGCUCGAGCAUGGAUUUUGAUGGCAGGUUUCAGUUUGGCUUUUGGUGCCAUGUUUUCGAAAACUUGGCGAGUGCAUUCGAUUUUUACCGAUCUGAAGCUGAACAAGAAAGUGAUCAAGGACUAUCAGCUGUUUAUGGUUGUGGGCGUGCUUUUAGCCAUUGAUAUAGCGAUAAUAACCACCUGGCAGGUAGCCGAUCCGUUCUAUCGUGAGACGAAGCAGCUAGAACCAAAACACCACGAGAACAUUGAUGAUGUGCUGGUCAUACCUGAGAAUGAGUACUGCCAAUCAGAGCACAUGACCAUAUUUGUCAGCAUCAUCUAUGCAUAUAAAGGCUUGCUACUGGUUUUUGGCGCCUUCUUGGCCUGGGAAACCAGGCAUGUCUCCAUACCAGCCCUAAAUGACUCCAAGCACAUUGGCUUCUCAGUUUAUAAUGUGUUCAUUACUUGUAUUGCCGGCGCGGCCAUAUCGCUGGUUUUAUCGGAUCGCAAGGAUUUAGUUUUUGUCUUACUCUCGUUUUUUAUAAUUUUUUGUACGACAGCCACUUUGUGUUUGGUGUUCGUACCGAAAGUAAGACUGGUACUCGUCGAACUCAAACGCAAUCCUCAGGGCGUUGUGGACAAGCGAGUGCGCGCUACUCUACGCCCUAUGUCCAAGAAUCGUCGCGAUUCUUCGGUCUGUGAGCUAGAGCAGCGGCUUCGCGAUGUUAAGAACACCAAUUGUCGCUUCCGCAAAGCUCUGAUGGAAAAGGAGAACGAGCUGCAGGCUCUAAUACGCAAACUGGGCCCAGAGGCUCGCAAGUGGAUCGAUGGUGUCACAUGCACAGGCGCCCCCACUGACAUGGAGCCUAUUCUAAGCGAGGAUAUGGCGAGGCUAUCAGCGCCACCGGUGCGUCGCGAGAUGCCCAGUACUACAGAAGUUACCGAGCUGACAUCAGUGGAUAGCAUCACUUCCACGCACGUUGACAUGGACAAUUCCUUCGUUUCGGUGCAGUCCACGACUUUGGCGCCCUCUUUGCCGCCUAAAAAAAAGAAACAGUCAAUUGUGGAACACCAUCCGCCCGCAAUGAUGCAGCCUAUCCAGCAGCAGCUACAACAACAUCUGCAGAAGCAGCAACAAAUGCAGCAACAGCAGCAACAACAACAUCAACACCAUCGACAUUUAGAUAAACGCAAUUCAGUUUCGGCUCAAACAGAUGCCAAUAUUGGUAGCAUAACCAGCAGCGCCAGCAAACGCAGCACUGGCGACUGUGCCGCGAUUCGCCGCCAGUCAACUGCAUCCCGACACUAUGAAAGUGGGAGCCAAACGCCAACGGCGAAGCCAAAGUAUAGCAGCACACAUCGCAACUCCUCCACGAAUAUAUCCACCUCACAAUCGGAGCUGAGCAAUGCUUGUCCGCACAGCAAGCCCGGCACGCCAGGUAUUAUCAAGACUCCCACUGCGGGUGACCAUCGGCGCACUAGCAUGGGCUCAGCUUUAAAGUCUAAUUUUGUUGUCUCGCAGAGCGAUCUCUGGGACACACACACGCUCUCACAUGCUAAGCAGCACUCGCGCCAGUCGCAGCGUACUUAUGCCAGCCCACAGCGCUGUUCCGAACAUCAUGGACACGUGAUGGCCUAUGACCAGAACACAACGUCGCCCAUUCAACGAUCCGUCUCGGAAAAGAAUCGCAAUAAGCAUCGUCCCAAGCCGCAAAAGGGUACGGUGUGCCAGAGUGAAACGGACAGCGAGCGGGAGCGCGAACCGACACCCACUACUGUGCAGCAGUGCACACAGACGCGCAAGUUCAAUCGCAAUUCCAACAUUCAGCAUGCGGCGCACCAUCACAGCUCACCGAAUGUGGCGCCGGAGAAGCAAAGGAAGCAGCGCAACAGAACGGAUCAUUCAAUCUAUGGAGCCAGCUCCGAGACGGAGUUAAUCGAGGGGGAGACAGCUAUACUACCCAUAUUCCGGAAGCUGCUCACCGAAAAGAGUCCCAACUAUCGCGGCCGAAGUGUUGUUGGCCAGAGCUGUCCUAAUAUAUCCAUUAAAUGCGAUAUCGUUGAAUACUUGUAGGCGAUAAUGACAAUGCUGCAAUCGAUCGACAAAUGCAGUUUUUAGCCCCUAGGACAAAAUUCCUUAUACUCUUUCGUAUUGCAUACUAAUGUGAAGAAAGUGAAUGCACAAUUUCAUAAAUUGCUAGCACAAAUAAUAUUGAGAAAAAUAGUUGAAAAAUAUAAGAUAAUUAAUGUAAGUAAUUA